CCUCGGCACCGCCUGCCCCUUCCCAGAGCGAGCGAGGGAACGGUGCUCUCCGCCAGCGCGAUAAAUGCUGUUGAUGAGGAUGGACCUGUUGAACUACCAGUACUUGGACAAGAUGAACAACAAUAUCGGCAUCCUGUGCUACGAAGGUGAAGCAGCGCUAAGAGGUGAGCCCCGAAUGCAGUCCCUGCCCGUGUCCCCUGCGCUCACCAACCACCGGACGGGGCCUCCUCCCAUCAGCCCCAACAAGAGGAAGCUCAGCAUGGACCAAGGGGACGAGGAGCUAGACUGUGAAAACGACCACGUCUCCAAAAUGAGUCGGAUGUUCAAUCCACAUCUAAACAAGACUGCCAACGGAGACUACCGGAAGGAGCACCGAGAGAGGAGUCGCAGCCCCAUAGAGAGAGCUGCUGCCCCCACAAUGAGCCUUCAUGCCAACCACAUGUAUGCCUCAAUCCCAAGCUUGACCAUGGAUCAACCUCUAGCACUGACCAAAAACAGCAUGGACGCAGCCCGGACAGUUGGCAUCACCCCGACACUGACUUCCGUGGAACGGCAGCAGAACCGACCCUCAGUCAUCACCUGUGCUUCUGCGAACAACCGGAACUGCAACCUCUCCCACUGCCCCAUCGCCCACAGCGGCUGUGGCUCGGGGCCUGCCUACAGGAGACCCUCCAGCACCACCACUGCGUGUGACCCGGUGGUGGAAGAGCACUUCCGCCGCAGCCUUGGCAAGAAUUACAAGGAGCCUGAGCCAGUGGCAAACUCCGUGUCCAUCACAGGGUCUGUGGAUGACCACUUUGCCAAAGCACUGGGGGAUACAUGGCUGCAGAUCAAAGCUGCCAAGGACGGCGUGGCCAGCAGCCCUGAGUCGGCGUCGCGGCGGGGCCAGUCGUCCCCUUCCUCCCACAUGGUCAAUCAUAAUCACUCGCCCUCCGUGGUCUCCUGAGGAGAGGACCCUUCCCUUUGUGAAUUUGCAUGGUUUGACUGAGCUUUGAACAGUGCUUAAAUAGUGUUGGGGGAGGGGAGGUUAGUUUUCAACACGUGUUUUUGUGUACUCACUUUUUUUUUGUAAAAGGGUGCCCUUAAAGAUGAUAGCAGGAACUAUUUCAUACAGAUUCAUAUGAUGUAGCAUCCUUUUUUUCCUGCCUCAAUUACCAAAGAAACCUCUGAUGCAAAUCUGCUGCCCCUUAAAAAUGUAAUGCACGCUAAUUCACAAAAGCCAUUACACUUAGUUGGUUGACCCAAGUGCUUUUUGCUUCUCUUAGCUUCCCGAGACUAGAAUUUGUCUGGUUUGCUUACAUUGCUUUUAUUUUUUUUCCCUCUGUGAAGUAAUUUUGUAUGUAUAUACUUGAAAAGAACUGUCAUGUAUGAUUUGCACUAUUGGAGGAGGACUGAAGUUGCACAGCAACUUUCUGGAAGAGGCUAAUAUUUUGAGGGCAAACUGCUGAAAAAAGGGUUUAAGGAUGACAUUUCUAUCAGUUUGAUUUUUCUUAAAGCAAAACAGCUUUGGAAGGGGAAGUCUCAUACCGGUUAUAGGUCUUUCUCUCUUUAGAUUUCAGGUGCUUAGUGCUUGCAACUGGACUGCAUAAUUUACAGAACACGGGCAUUUUUUCCUAAACACUGCAGUUUGUUAGACUAGAGCUGAGGUUGGAGGGUUCCAUAGUGCUUAACGAUGCAUGUUUUAUGAGAAAUAGCUGGUAUCUAUUAAUGUAUAGACAGUAAGAAUCAUAAUACUUAUUAGCUUUUCUUCAGAAUUAGUUUAUUUUUGUCAGUAACAAUCCUAGAUAUACUUACUGCUGGUACAGUUGUACUCUAUGAUAUUUGUAUUUGAUACUCCCUUUGGUAGCAGCCUCGGGCCAGGCCCCGUGGGCAGGUGGCUGGAGCUGGCACAGAGCUCCGCGCAGGACCGACGGCCGUUUGUGUCUGCAGCACUGCUGCUCCACAGGACUCUGCUUCCCAAACCCCACUCUGUGGAAUCCACCCCGAACUAGCUGCAGAAACUGCUGCCGUUACGGAUCUUGGCUGGACAACAGAUUGUUUGUGAAAUAUCAGCCUUCAUUUUUUUAAGCCUAUUCAUCAACCUAUGCCAAGUUGCAGCAUACAUUCCUCCAGUAGAGACUUUAUACAGGUAUUACUGCAUUUAUUAUCAUUUGCUAUAUUAAUAGCUACUAACUAGAACUUAGGCAGUAGAGGCCGGCGUAAACCCACAGCUGUGCUAGUGCUAAGAGCUUCUCUUCUUGUUAAGUGUAACUACUCUCCCCCAUACAUUCCAUCUCCCCAGGACAGUUGCAACUAGAACUUCUUUUUUACACUGGGUUACCUGAAACCAUUGGGUCAGUGUAGAAAGUGAGAACUAGUUGGAAGAUGAACUACACGUGAUGUAUUAUGGACUAUGUUACAGUAUUGGGUCCAUUGUGGCUUUUAUUUUAUGCUUUUUUUUUGUUGUUGUUAAAGUUAAGCUAUUUAAUUUGGACAAGGUGCAGGGUAGAAAGAGAUCGGGAGAUUGGCUCUUACUCUUGGUGAGAAGGUGGCUGCUCAGUUUUCUCUAAAAAA